UUAUUUCGACGGCUGGUUAGGUCGGUGGAGUGCGCGAUCUCAUCUCAAUUCAACCGGAAACUAUUUGAAAAAUGAAGUUCGUGAUCAGUUUUUUCGGCGCCAUGCUGGUAUUGACCGUCUCAGCUAUGCCUAACGGGCCCACUAAAGAUAUUGAAAUACCACAUCAAGCAAGUACGCCUUCACAGCCAUCAUUUCAAAUGGGAACUAUGGUUGACAAUGAUUCUUCUAUUGAGGGAAUGUCGAGCAGCAAUGACAACCCCAACUAUAGUCACAAAAAUGAUGAUUCCAGUGAGUCUUCUGAAAUGUUAGGAUUUAACCUGUCACUUUUGCCUACCUCUUCAGUUUUUGGCGCAAACCCAAUGUUCCAGAAAUUACAAGAAUCUUUACGGGUGAUCCGGGAUCAAUUAAACGCAUUGUGGAGCUUUAACGAAGACAACAGGCCUCCGUUCGAUUUACCUGACAAUUACUCCAACAGCACUUCACAUUCUAAAUUCAUCAACGGUACACUUGUGACUGUCAAUGAAACCAUCUUCAAGACUACAAACCAGGAUGGCAUACAGUCGUUUUACCACACGAAAGCCAUAUCGGUGUAUCCAGAUAACGAGACGGAUACUACUCACCAUAAAGAAAAUGCCCACGAGAAAGGGCAAAGAGUAGACCACACACCGAUGCAAAAUUACGGGAUGCUUCAAAAGUGAUGCACGUCAGCUUAGAGGAUGCUGAUAUUAAAGCGUGAUCAACACUUUGAACCGUUUACGAUCAAGGACGGUGGAGGUCAAUGCAGAAGAAACACUAUUUAAAGUUAAGCGCUUCCAACCUUAUUCAUGUGUACACAAUUUUUCUUUUUCUUUGAGCAGCGUACACUUUACUAUUUGUUCCUAAACAGCAUUUGAUUAUUUAGCUUCCUCACGUACACUAUGGGUCCAUAUGUUCGAUUUGGAUUAGUCGGUUUGGACCUCAACUUUCUCGUUAUAGACCAAUUAAUCGUAAUUAAAAUAUGAAAGUUUGAGGCGAAACGGUGAGACAGAUAUUGAACAUGCACUGUUUAUCAAUGUAUUCUUGGUGGCAAAUAGAAAAUUCUGCAAACUAGAAGAAA